UCGACUGUCAACAACUCACGCGUAGUUUUAACGAUUAUUGAAGGAAAAUCACGCGUGGAUUUGCUCUCUGGCGGAGGUUUUUUUUUCUUUUCGGUUUGGGAAAGCGCAUCGAUGCUCCCCGCACUGGAAAGCUGCUGGCAAUUCUUUCUCUUCGGGGUUAGUUGGGUGUGACGUCCGAUUCAGACGUUUGGGGUUUGAGAGUUCGAGCGUUCGGUCGGUGGUUGUUGGGUGGUGGUAGAAGUGCCGCAAAGCGCCAAGUGAGAGUGAACAAGAACAACCCUAUCCGAGGGAUUUUUGUGAAUUGCUCGUGUCGUCUGUCGAAAGGGGGGAGCUCUGGCCUAGUGAGAAAGUGCAAACCCAUCGCCCUGCUGCUGCGCUGCAAUCGGCCGAGUGCGGUCAGAAAGAGAUCGCACGUGGGACCGGGAGAGUGUGCGAAUGGGACAGUCAGCCCCAGUGUGGUUCGUGAAGAAGAAGUUGUUAAUAUAUAACAAGUUGCAUCAUAGUCUUAAGACUUCAGUCUUAAGAAAGUGAACCGCCAAUAAACAUCUUUCGCAAAAAAGGUAUCGACGGGACCAAAACAAUCUCGACGACGCGCGCGAGCACAAGCAGCAAACCCCGCGAAGUGGCGCGCAAUUGGCGAGCGAGUUUAUUUUUGAAAUUUGGCAAUCCUUGUUUUGCGGUGUGUGUACUCAAGGAUUUUCCGGGAUACGAGCAGUGGUUUACAGAAAGGAAGCUGAAUCAUCCCGGCAAUUCCCCCACGAGGAUUACAAUGGAUUAUUUCUACUUUUGGAUCUACAACAGAAGAGAAUGAAGUGAAAUGUGAUUAAUUGGGUUAAUUGCUGGUGACAUGGAAAACGGUGUAUGAAAUGGACUGUUGAACAUUUUCAGCUUAAUGAAAAGUGGAUGGACCUGAAUGGACUGACAGUGAAGUAGUGCAAUAGAAACAACUGAAUGCGGGUGCAAUUAAUCGAAACCAGAAAAGAUUGUGUUCUAUCAUAAUAGUUUAAGGGUUUUGUUUCCCGAAAAAAGGCUCAAGUUACGCUAGAGGGAAUUGGAAAUCAAGUGAGUGAAAAAUAUGGAAUCGCCUCAAAUGUACGAUACCAAUCAAAUUCAAGUGCGCAGUGAUAUCAAAAAAUUAACAAUGGCAGCAAACACCAAUGUUACCAAUAACAAUAGUGCAGCGACAGUGAAUAACAAUAACAAUUCGCCGACAGCGGUUAAUCAGAAUACGCUCGCGCUAAAACAGCAGCAGGCUCAACUCAAUCAGCACUCCCAAUCAAAUGGGAAUGUUCUAACCAACGGAAAUCUUCUUUCGAAACAAAUGCUCCAGCAAAUUCAGUACUCCCAGAGCGAGCUGGACGAGCUCACGUCUCAGGAAAUAUCCUUGGAUCUGCAGCACUUGAUCGAUGAUCAGUUCCGCGAUCCGGAGGCGCUCGGAAUCUUCACCGAAAUGGUUACCGUCGGCAGUACCAAUGGAAGCGUCACAAACCCAUUGGUUCAAACGGCUGCAGCCAAAGCUCUCCAGCUUCAGCAAGCUCGACUCUCACAACAUACCAAUGGAAACAACAACUAUCAACGAUCUCUGGCCUACAUGCCACAACCGGUUCAUACCGGAGCAACCUACGCCAACACAUCGAGCGAUGAGAACAGCAGCGUCGGUUCCUCCGACAGUGCAAACAUCAAGGAAGAACCAAUCGAACCCAACGAAUACCGUCGUCAGUUGCAGAAUGGAGGCGCUCAGUUCAUGGGUAACAAUGGCUAUCAACUACCGGGUGGAGGAGCUGGCGGUGGCGGAGUUGGCACAAACUUCCUCACCAAUGGCAACGGCAAUACCUUCUCGAACCUUACUUCUGCCUCGGUUCUACACCACCAAGCCCUGCCACAUCUGGCCGGAGCUGCCCACUUGGCCAAUCUCACCAAACACAACAAAAUGUUACCACACAUGUCCCGGAAGUCUCAGGCCAAAAUGGUCGAUAAGGGAACUGACGAAUACAGGAGACGUCGCGAAAGGAACAACAUCGCCGUCCGAAAGUCCCGCGAGAAGGCCAAAGUUCGCUCCCGGGAGGUCGAAGAAAAGGUCAAAACACUUCUCAAGGAAAAGGAUGUCCUCAUAAGGAAAAUCGAGGAAAAGAACAACGAGAUCCAGCUCUACAAGCAACUCUACAUGCACCUGAUGAAUCACAGUAAUCCCGAGAUCAACCAGAUCUGCCGCAGCGCUUUGAAUCUUUCAAACAUGGGUGAUCACAUGUAGGCUAUUCUCUGUCCCCUAUCCACCCCUAGAAGAAAAACUCCUCAGAAAAAAAGAAACCACUUUUACCACUGAAACCCUAAUCCGUACUGUACUUCGUAAGCAAACAAAAAAGCGGGGGAACUUCCUGUGCGAAGUGAUUCACUCUACCUAUAUCUUGUAGCUUGUAGUAAAUUAAACAAAACGCGACUCAACGCGACAACCACCCACGCACAAACAUCUACAAACACAAAACACACAGACAUAAAACACACACACAAACACAAAAAACGCAUUAUUUAGUGAAAUUUGUAUGUAAAUAUGUAACAAUACGUUAGAAGAAGACGAAGAAGAAUCGCGACGGCUUGCGGUUGAGAGCCAGUUUAAUGUUUUUGCACUGAGACGAGACGCGAGAAAAAAAAAACUAAAGGAAAGAAGAAAAACUGUUACCAAACUUUAACAUUUAAAAUGUAAUAUUUCUCCUGUUCUUUUCUGUUCUGUUUUACCAAUGCUGUGGAAGAAAAGUUUUUUUCCGUUCUAUUAAAAAUUAUAAUAAUUAUUAUUAUUUACAACAAAACAAGUUUACACCUUUUUGGUUUCGAGACUUGCGCGUGCGACAGUAUGAUAAGUAUGGUGAUGAAUGAUGAUCGUUGAACCAAAGACCCAAAAGUAUGUGUAUAGAAAAAUCAUUGCGAGAAAGAGAGCAACCAAUGCAAAUAAAAUGUGUUACAAAAAUCUUUAUUU